UUUCGUUUCUCCGUAAGUGUGACUGACGACCAAUUGCAAAUUGGGUGAGGAUCAUAAAAUCUCUUUUUCCCUGCUACCGAAACACGAUGUCGUCUAUCGUGUCUCAAUAUGUAACAAAAAUUCUGUGUGGAAAUCAAGGAUGCUUGGACUUCAAGCGGCUUGACCAGAUAGUUGGUCAAAAGUUCACUGUUGCGGAUGAUGUCCUACUUGGAAUACUUUGUGACAGAGAAAAAUAUGCCAUCAGUAAAGGCGAAGGAAAGGCCUCGCGUCUCGCUAUGAGCCAGAACAGUGUUAUUGUUGCAAAGACUUCACUGCGAGUCUGUCAAAGCCCUCCUGGCGAGUGUCUUCAUUGCGAGAACUUACACCUGUGCAGAUACUUUGUAUGCGGUAACUGCAGGUUCGGGAACAAGUGCAAAAAUGCCCACAGUCUAGAUUCCCCACACAACACAGCUGUUAUAAGGAGCUUGGGUCACCAUGAUCUGGGGGAAGCAGAGCUGUUUCCACUACUGCUGCAGAACGACCCCUACCUGAUGCCUGAGAUCUGCUCCCAUUACAACAAGGGUGUUGGUGAGCAUGGCUCCUGCAAAUUUAAAACCAGUUGCACCAGCCUCCACCUCUGCCUGCACUUCCUCCAGGGAGACUGUAAGUUUGGUGCUGGAUGUAAGAGGGCCCACACAUUUGACGCCACCACCAUGAAGAUCCUAAAUGGCAGAGGAUUCAGCCAAGAGAACAUCAGGAUCCUCGACAAGAUCUACAAUAACAAAUUCAUCAUCAUCGGUCAGGGUCACGAAGAAAAGCCAUCUGUUGUAGUACCCUCCCCUGCUUCAGCCAUAGAGCCAGUUGGGAAAGAGCGUUCUCGUAAGCCUUCGUCCCGCUCCAUCAGUGAGACCGACAGGAAUGAAAUCUGCCUGUUCUUCAUCCGCAGACACUGUAGCUUCAAAGAGAAGUGUGUCCGUAUCCACUACCACCUGCCUUACAAAUGGCAGAUCUUAGAGAGAGAUGGAGUGACUUGGAGAGACCUGCCCAAUGUGGAGGAGAUUGAAAAGGCCUACUGUAUCCCAGGAAAAGAUACAAGUGGAGGUAUCCAGCCAGUGAACUUCCUCACCAUGACAUGUGGAAGGUCUCCAGUGCGUCGUCUGUCCACUGUGUCGUCAGUCACCAAACCUCCUCACUUCAUCCUUACCACAGAAUGGCUGUGGUACUGGUCGGGUGAGCUGGGACAGUGGAUAGAGUAUGGCCAGGAGACGUAUGAUGGUAAGGAGAAAGUGGCCUCUGUCACCUCCAAGACCCUGGAGAAUGUAUACCAAGCUGACCCGGACAGCGAGAUUCCAUUUGGAUCUGGCCAUAACCAGUACAUUCUCCGUUUCAAAGAGAUGUAUCAGCAGAAUGUUAGAUUCAAAACCAAAAGAGAGGUUCGUAGGAGACCCUGCUUUCUCUCUGGACAGGAUGUGGAGGCCAAGCUGAAGAGUGGAUCUCCAGAGAGCACCAGCUCUUCUACUGUGUCUGUCCCUCCACACUGGGACAAGGGAGCCCUGCCUGACUUCACAUACAAGCUGGUUCCACUCUUAGACCAGAUGACGGAGUACCAAAUGGUGCAGAGUCUGUUCAAACGUACCAUGUCCACCAGCACCAUCCACAAAAUCAACAGGAUCCAGAACCCCUCACUCUGGAGGGUCUUCCAGUGGCAGAAGGAACAGAUGAAGGUGAAGAAUGGAGGGAAACUUGUGGAUGAGAGACACUUGUUCCACGGCACAGAACCGUCUAUCGUAGAUGCCAUCUGUGAACAGAACUUUGACUGGAGGGUCUGUGGCAUCCAUGGAUCACAUUAUGGCAAAGGAAGCUAUUUUGCCAGAGAUGCCUUGUACUCUAAUAGAUUCUCCAAGUCUUCGGUCUCUGGCAAGAAGAUCAUGUUUGUGGCUCUGGUGCUGGUCGGGGAGUUCACUAAGGGAAACAGGGACUACCUUCGCCCCCCUCAGAAAGGCACCAAGAAGCGACUCUACGACAGCUGUGUCGACUCCGAAAGCAACCCAGCCAUUUUUGUUGUGUUUGAGAAACAGCAGAUUUACCCAGAGUUCGUCAUUGAGUACUCCUAGAAUCCACGGCAGUGCGUAGCGUCAUGUUUUUCUGAAAACGAAUAAUUAUCUGGUCAUCAAAUAUAUUUUUAAACACGUUGCAAAACGCAUCCAUUAUUGUGAUGGGAAACAAUUCUUUGAAAAUCAUUCUUCAGAAUAUAACAAAAGUGUAGGGGUUUCUCUUUUACUGGGUUCAAAACCACUGUUUUGGUGACUUAUACCAAGGUCAUAGGAUUUAGUGCCAAUGAAUGUGUAAAGACCCUAUGUAACCAGAUGUGUACUAUUUUUAUUAUGACGACUUGUUUUUUUUUAAUGAAACAUCAUCCUUAUUCCUGUAAUACGAAAGUACAAUAUGUGGUGUACAAUACACAAAACAUUACUUUUUAUUUUAUUUUAGCUAAAGUAGAUGCGUAAUUUCUUCAAAGUGUAAAAUGUAUAAACUUCUUGUCAGUUAAAAAAAAAAAAGCCUUUUUUUUUUAAUCACAUGGCAUAACUGUAGCAUACUGUUAACUUGAUAUGUAUUUUUCCAAAGUUAUACAGUGUGCACAUACUCGAAUAAAACUUGAUUAAUGAUGUG